AUGGAAGUAGCAGGAAAAGUGUGUGGUAAAGUGGGAGGAAAAGUUGGUGGAAAAGUUCUUGGUCUUGGGUCAGGUAAAACUAAAAAGGCUCCAUUAUCCCGCGCAUCAAGGGCUGGCUUACAGUUUCCUGUUGGUAGAGUGCACAGAAUGUUAAAGUGCCGAAUAUCAUCAGAUGGAAGAGUUGGAUCAACUGCUGCUGUUUAUGCUGCAGCUAUUUUAGAGUACUUAACUGCUGAAGUUUUAGAGUUAGCAGGAAAUGCAACAAAAGAUUUGAAAGUUAAGAGAAUUACACCCAGACAUUUACAACUAGCUAUCAGAGGUGAUGAAGAAUUGGAUACACUUAUAAAAGCAACAAUAGCAGGUGGUGGUGUUAUUCCUCAUAUACACAAAGCUUUAAUGAAUAAAGUACCAGUUCCACCUACAGCUACCAAAAAACCCAAAAAAAAUUGA